AUGCUUAGACUAACUCGUGGUAUCUUUCCCACAAACAGCGUCGAGGCCUGGAAGGAGGCUCUCGAGAAGAACAAGGUCGUCAUGCUCGACUGCUUCGCCACCUGGUGCGGUCCUUGCAAGGCCAUUGCUCCCAUCCUCGCCAAGCACUCCAACGACGAGCAGUUCAAGGACGUCUUCUUCGCCAAGAUUGACGUCGACCAGCUCCCCGACCUCGCGCAGGAUCUCAGCAUCCGCGCCAUGCCCACCUUCAAGAUCUUCACCAACGGCGAGCAGACGGAUGAGCUCGUCGGCGCCAACCCCAACGCCCUCCAGGCCCUCCUCGUCAAGGCCACCGGCGCUUAG